AUGGUUUGCUUUGGACCGGUUUUCAAAACCGAUGAAUCACUUAAACCAAAAGUCAAAUCGACGAUACGACGACGUUUUAGGUUCUUAAACCCCAUUUGUUUCUCGCUCAACUGUAAGUUCAUCGACAGAGAUGAUAAGGUUACUGUACUAGAAGCAGAGAAACAGGCGUUUGAAAAUUCUCCUGAAGCUCAAGCCAUGAGAGAAGCUCUUAAUCCAUGGAGAAACAAGGAUGCAGAAACGAGCAAGAGUCCAUAG